UCCACCAAAGCCUCACAAUUUUUCAGUCUUUCCAAGCAACAAUGACCAGUUCUAAUAAGAAGCUUGAGGUUCAAACAGAAGAUCAAACUCCACAUAAAUGGAGUAUUUCAUUGGCAGAAGAAGCAUUCAAAAGAUUCUUCAGCCAGGUUAAUCCAACAGUGCAUAAGGCUUUUGGUGAUGGAUCACUUUUCAGUCCAAUGUUGUUUGGGAAGUUCUUUGAUCCUUCUGAUGCCUUCCCUCUAUGGGAGUUUGAGUCAGAUGUCUUGUUAUCUCAUCUAAGGAGCUAUGGCCAAAGCACUGUGGAUUGGCGUCAAACAGAUGAAGGCUAUAUAUUAAAAGCAGAAAUACCAGGAACUGGGAAAAAUAACAUUCAAGUGCAUGUUGAUAAUGGAAAGGUUGUGGAAAUUAGUGGACAGUGGAAGCAGCAGCAAAGAGACUCAAAGGCAAUUGACUGGAGGUGUGGCAAUUGGUGGGAAUAUGGAUAUGUAAGAAGGCUUGAGAUGCCAGAGGAUGCAGAUUGGAAGAAUAUAGAAGCAUAUAUGUAUAAUGACAUUUUUUUAGAAAUACGAAUACCAAAGAGCCAACAUGGUUGUGAUCUUCCUCAGGGAAAGGGAAAGGAUGUGGCUUAAACAAUUGCAGCAGCAGUGUAAUUUUAAAAGAAUAAUUGGUUGUGCUACUACAGUUUGUUACAAUCUAAUAGCAACUUCUAUGCAAAUGGAUACAAAACAUUUAACAAACUUAAUGCAUUAAUAGGCCUUCUGAUUAUGUGAAAUAUAUGUACAAAAAGAAGGGAAUAAAAAGAAAAUUGUGG